AUGGAGAACAGUGUGAACAUGUUUACCAAGAGCGAGUCCCCGAGAUCACCACCAACUAGGCUGCAAAGGCAAGCACCCACUGCUCUGAAUCUUGACUGUGUUCCAGCAAAUCCCGUUUUGCAACCAUCUUGUGAUGCGGUUGCAACCUCAGCGAUCCCUCUGCUUUCACCUCUCUAUGUCUCUCCAAACCAGCACUCUUCUUCUUCUUCUUCUUCUCUCCCUAGACAAGGGGAAGAAGAUUUCAUGUUUCCGGUUGGUGUUACUGAGAAGACCGGUUCUCAACCCUCAAUAGACCACAAGGAAGGCUGGCAACAUUCAGCUGAGGCCGACCAUAGCAACCAAAUGUCUCUCGUUAAUAUGUUCCAAACCAAAUUCGCUCUUGUAAAUCCUUCACAAUGA